CGCGGGGGCGGGGUCGGCGCCGCGCGCGGAGAGCCUCGGCCUGGCCGCGCUGCGCCCGCCGCCGCCCCCUCCCCGCCGCGGCCCUCCUGCCACAGGCCCCGGCCCGGCCUCUGCCCAGCUGCCGGAGCCGCUGCGCCCGGAGGAUGCGACGCACCACAGCGUUCUAAGAACGGAAGCAUCUGGGCUAGAUGGAAUUUAGCAUCAAAAAAAAUCCUCUUUCUGUUCAGAAAGUUGUAAAGUGCAUUAACAUGAAGCAGGCACCAGAAAUCCUUGGCAAUACAAAUGGAAAGACUCAGAGCUGUGAAGUGAAUCGCGAGUGUUCGGUGUUCCUCAGCAAAGCCCAGCUUUCUAACAGUCUGCAGGAGGGCGUCAUGCAGAAGUUUAAUGGCCAUGAUGCACUUCCCUUUAUUCCAGCUGAGAAGUUGAAGGAUCUUACUUCCCGUGUAUUUAAUGGAGAACCGGGCACUCAUGAUGCCAAAUUGCGUUUUGAACCCCAGGAAAUGAAAGGAAUGGGGACACCACCUAGCACUACCCCUAUCAAAAAUGGCUCUCCAGAAAUUAAGCUUAAAAUCACCAAAACAUACAUGAAUGGGAAACCUCUCUUUGAGUCUUCCAUCUGUGGUGACAGUGCUGAUGUGUCCCAGUCAGGAGAAAAUGGACAAAAACCAGAAAACAAGGCGAGGAGGAACAGGAAGAGGAGCGUAAAGUAUGAUUCCUUACUGGAGCAGGGCCUUGUCGAAGCAGCCCUAGUGUCUAAGAUCUCAAGUCCUUCCGAUAAAAAGAUUCCAGUUAAGAAAGAGUCCUGCCCAAACACUGGCAGAGACAAAGAGCACCUGUUGAAAUAUAACAUCGGUGAUUUGGUGUGGUCCAAAGUGUCGGGUUACCCUUGGUGGCCUUGCAUGGUUUCUGCAGAUCCACUCCUUCACAACUAUACCAAACUUAAAGGUCAGAAAAAGAGUGCACGCCAGUAUCAUGUACAGUUCUUUGGUGAUGCCCCAGAAAGAGCUUGGAUAUUUGAGAAGAGCCUUGUAGCUUUCGAAGGAGAAGGACAAUUUGAAAAAUUAUGCCAGGAAAGUGCCAAGCAGGCACCCACGAAAGCUGAGAAAAUUAAGUUGUUGAAACCUAUUUCAGGGAAACUGAGGGCCCAGUGGGAGAUGGGCAUUGUUCAAGCAGAAGAGGCUGCAAGCAUGUCAGUAGAGGAGCGGAAAGCCAAGUUUACCUUCGUUUAUGUGGGGGACCAGCUUCAUCUCAACCCUCGAGUGGCUAAGGAGGCUGGCAUUGCUGUGGAGUUUUCAGGAGAAAUGGCAGGAUCCUCAGGAGUCCGUGAAGAAGCUGCUGAAAACCUCAAGUUUGUGAGAGAAGAGGGCAUUCCCAUGAAGAGAAGGCGGAGAACCAAACUGUCUAGCUCCGUUGAGAACCAGGAGAGUGACCCUGGCAUAGUAAGGAACAGUCCUCAAAAGAUGGCAGAGGUAGACCCCAAAAGAGGAGUUGGGUCUCCUCCUGGGAGGAAAAAGGCCAUGGCCUACACUCCACGAAGCAGGAAGGGAGAUGCAGCAUCCCAGUUUUUGGUCUUCUGUCAAAAGCACAGAGAUGAGGUGUUUGCUGAGCACCCAGAUGCUUCAGGUGAAGAGAUUGAAGAAUUGCUUGGAUCCCAGUGGAACAUGCUCAAUGAGAAGCAGAAAGCACGCUAUAACACCAAGUUUGCCCUAGUGACCUCUUCCCAGUCUGAAGAAGAUUCUGGUAACUUAAAUGGGAAAAAAAGAAACCAUACAAAGAGGUCACAGGACCCUACAGAUGGUGUUCAAGUUGAGGAUGCACCCAGGAAAAGACUCAGGACGGACAAGCACAGUCUUCGGAAGAGAGACACAAUCACUGAGAAAACGGCCAGAACAAGUUCUUACAAGGUCACAGAGGCAGCCUCCUCGCUCAAGAGCCAGGCAGCAACGAAAAAUCUGUCUGAUGCAUGCAAACCACUGAAGAAGCGAAAUCGAGCUUCUGCGACAGCAUCUUCAGCUCUUGGGUUUAGCAAAAGUUCAUCUCCUUCUGCAUCCUUAACUGAGAAUGAGCUUUUAUGGGAGCCCACAUCAGUCAAGUUGGAUUUGAACUCAGCUGCCCUGUACUGCACUUAAAAUGAUGUAAUAUUCCAAGAUGCCUGCUGCAGGUGGUGUAUCAUCGUACACACUAAGUGACAUUUCUAUCACAAUCAUUUUAUGGAAGAUGUGUGAUAAUCUGUUUUUACUGGUAUUAAUAAACACAUACAAUGAAGAAAACAGAUAACAAAUUUUAAGACCAAGGUAAGAUACCUAAUCAAGGCCAUUUACUCAAUCACAUUCAUCUCAUAAUAGAAACACAUUCAUAUUCCAAUGGUCAAUGUAGAUUUCAGUUGAAAAACAGGCCCUUCAAUCAGGGGCUGUCCAGAGCGGCAACAGAGACACCGCACAGAAGGGGUGGUCCUGUUAGAGGUCAUUUUCUCCUCUGGUUCAUAACUUACUGAAUUUUUAUUGAAAAGUGUCAGCAUCUGUACCUUCAAAAACAAAGAACAAAUAGUACACAUUAAAAGGGGUCUUUGUCUACUAUUCUCAUUGCCAAUGAAAUGUAUUCAAGACUGUAGAUACUAAACUAAUUUCCAGUGUAAAAGGCAGGAAGAGUUUUGAUUCUGUCCUUUUUUACUAAACAGUUUUACUAUGACACUAGAUGUAGUAAAUUUUUAGGAAAAAAUACCAUUUAAAGUAUCAUUGUGAACCAUUUAACUCUUUUGAUUCAAGGACCAAGAUAUAUAUAUAUAUAUAUAUGCACACAUACAUACAUACAUAUAUAUAUAUAUAAUGUGUGUGUGUAUAUAUAUAUGUAUAUGUAUAUAUCUAAGGGAUACUGUAAUCAGGUUAUUUAUACCAGCCACUUCAUACUUCAUCAGUUGCUUUUAUAGAACAUCAGCCCUCAUGUUUCAGUGUCUUAAUCUUGGGUGAGCAGCCAGGUGUCCUGCCCCCAGGUGUCCGCAUGUUUGCAUGGCGAGGAAAAGGCUUCACUUGCCCUUCAGGUCAUAGAUGCAGAAUGCAUGCUAGUCACAGUACCAUGUGAAUAGCCUGCAAUUCAUUCCCAGCAGACUCUUCAGCUGUGUUUUACCUUUAAUGAAACUUACUGACUAAUACUUCUGUUCCAAACCAUUAAGUGAUGUAACGCAUGUAACAUACUUAGGGCGCCUGUGCCUGGCAAGGACUACGUGGUUCGCUGUUGUGACAGUAACAGUCUAACAAUAAAAAUAAUAAAAUCGCCAUCAUUCUAUUUUUAUCCACAAGUAUAAAUUUUGCUUUGGCAUGAAAAGUGGUCCCCUUGACUGCAUUAUGCAUGUGGGACAGAAUAAACCCAGAAGUGGCAGAAUGCUAGAUUUGUUUGUGUGGCACUUUAGGGAGCUGGGCAGUGUGGCUGAGGGCUGGUUGGGUUGCUCUGCUGGCUGUGCUCAAAUGUUGUGGGAUACAUGGCCUCAAAAAUGGCCUAGGCGUGAUCUAAGUUGCACUAUUCCUAAAGGACAUGAAAAAGCUUAAGAGUAAAUUUAAAACUCAACAUAAAAAAUCACUAAAUUGAAAGAUGUGGAAAAAAAAUGACAUAACAAUGGCCCUGGUUCAAGAAGUGAUCACUCUAGUCUGAAAGGCUUUUUUUUGGCAAGAAUUAAGGGAUUUCAUCUGAAAUUACAGCAUGAUGAAUUUUGAGUGGGUGGCCAGCCAGGUAGGCCAUAUGUGAUAUAUGCAUUAGAAGUCAGCCAUGGCAUGAAUACUUUCCUCUCUGUUGUGGAGGAGGAGAGACCCUUCAGAAUGGCUGAAUGGUGUAUACAGAGUGGCAUAAAAUCAGCCUCAGCUGGGGGCCUGGGGUAGCAAGGAUGGAAAUUAUGCAGUAUUUCCCAACUUCAGGAGACAGCACCCUCUGAGACAUUUGGAGGGUGACCAGAUAGGCUGAGGCAAGUGUACUACACACCCUGCAGUGAACUGUCCCACUCCAGAUGCCAGGAGUGAUCUCAUUACAGAGGAGCAGAGCUUCCUGAGGGCAGUUAGUGGAAAGGAGCUCUUGUUUGAAAGAGCUUAGGAGGAGCAAUAGUUUGUCUGCCAAGAGUACAAAAAUUCAUUAUGCUACGAAUUUAACAUGGGAUUCCUUCAUUUCCUAGAAAUGUCAAAAUAGCAACAAUACAUUCUAGCCUUAAGUCAUUUGAACUUCCGUCAUCCAAAUGAGUUUGCCUAUGUUGUCCAUAGAGCCGUUCUAGUGAUCUCCUUUGAUUUCCUUCUGACUAUCUUUCAUACACCAUAUUUAUGCCUGUUGGGGGGAAGUAGCUCUCUAGUAUAAAAACUGAGGCAUUCAGGAGAAGUGAAAAAUUAUCACAAUAUAUAAAAGUUCAGAUUGUAGCUGUUCUAAAACUGAAAGUACUCCAUUGUGAUAGAGUAGCAUCUCAAGGGGGUGUACAUGUUAGCAGUAGAGGUCCUGCAUUGUUUUUCUGAGACAGAUCUGAGAGCCACUGGGCUGCCAAGUCUUUAAAUAGCCACAUCUAAAACUGCUCCACCUGCUAUAGAUGGAUUUCUCUCUCUCGGGGGCCAUUCUUCAGAGUUCAUCCAAAAGUUAAAUGUCUUUUUCCAGUCAUGCUGACUUUAGGUGUAGUUAUAUCUCAGUACUUUCUUUAGUAUACAUUAUAUCUAUUAUAUCUGUAUCUCCCAGCUGAAAAUAACUCCAUUAUUUUUAAGUGGAUGUUCCUGAAAAUCAUCAGGAAACCUAAGUGGAGUUUCAUGAUACAGAAGCAAAGUUUUAUAUGAUAGAAGUCAGAGGGUGGUUCUGUGCACUACACGGAGUCCUGGGGCAGGAGCCAGGAGCCCAGACCCCCAUCUGCCCCAUUGCCUCCGAGGAGGGUCAGCCUACUUUUCCCAUGGGUGGAAAUGGCCUAGGUGAUCCCCAUGAGGCCCUUAGCUUUAGACAUAUCUGAUUCCAUGGUUUUGGUUGGAACAGUUCAUGCAGAAGCAUAGGAAGAUUUAAAAUGGGGUGCUCAGGGAUUGGGGAGUAGGAAGCAGGCACGGCUGUUUUGAGAGGCUUACAUAGUUGUAGAUGUUAACAGCUGAAUAUACCUGGGGGAAGGAAGAAGAAAACUUGGUGUGGGACCUGAGCUGUCAGAAAAGAAGUUUGUGAGUCUGUGAUUUCUUGGCCCUGAACUCCUUGCCCAAGAUUUGUGCCCAGAGGUGUGUGAGAGUGGCCAGACCAUAGGGCCAGGCAGAACAAACAUCAGCUUGAUGGUGAGUGGCUCUAAUACCUGCUGAUAGUCUGUCACAGAAAUGUUUUUUAAAAAUGAACAGUGUUAAUUAGCAUCUAGUUCAGAAACAGACAAACUUUCUUGUGGAUGUAUAUAAAAUUAAAAUGAUUAGAAAAUGCCCUUGAGAAGGUUCUUGCCCAGAGCAUGAAGUGAGUAUGUGAUGUACCUGCCAUGGCAAGGCUGAGCUGUGGUUUUGUCCACCCUUUCAGUCCUGGUGUGGGUACGGGUAUGAAUGAGUAUUUCCGAGUGAGAAGAAAGUCCUUAGUUCAUUUAAUCCAGUUGAAUAAGAACAAGCUCUUGGUGAGUGAGUGGUAACUGAUGUCAGUUUUAGGUAUGGGCCUGAGCUGUGCCCAGAAGGCUGGUCUAAAGCAGAGGCUUCCCUUCCCUGGGGAGAACACCGCUCUGAUAGCAGAAGGUGAAAAAUAAGAUUGUUCUGACUUUGGAAGUUUGCUUCAUUUUUUCCAACAUAACGCACUUGAUUUGAUUUCUAACAUAACACACUUCUCAAACAUCUGUCCUCUUUAAAUUGUUAAUUCAUUUUAAAGAUUCUCCUGGUCAGGCUUUUGUACACAGACUUAGAUUAUAAAGCUAAAUUAUAGUUUUUUGCUGGAGAAACCCACUAUCUUAUUAGAAAAGGUUUCUCAAAAUGCUCUCAGAGCUAUUACUGGCUUCUUUAUUAACUUGUAAAGUUUUUGGUUUUUUGUUUUUUUUUUUAAAGAAAUAUACUGACUCAUAUAUUUUAGGAUUUGGGAUCAAUGAAAUUGAUUUUGACCCCUUUAGAUACUGUUGUGUUUUUUUUUUUUUUUUGACUAGUCAAGUACAGCAGAGAAGGGAGAAGAUACUGUUCUUAUUGCUUUACCCAGAAUAAUAGAAAUGAGCACUAACUUACCUGCCAGUGAUGUAAAAUUGACUAUCCUUAGCAGGUAGAAAAUUGUGAGUCUCUUAUUCAUCUCAUUCUUUGUACUGGAAGGGUAAGAGGUAUUUUCACCAGCAAGGGCAUCCCUCCAACAACGCGAUAGGCCUCAUCUUAUUAGAUACCUCUGUAACUACAUGGUUACACGUUAGAUCCACAUUUAAAAUUUUUUCUAGUCUACUUAUAGUUGUUGGGCUUUUUGCAUAUAAUUCUUUGCCAGUAUUUUGAAGCAUGCUAACUAGACAUAUUGUGUUGUCAAGAAAUGACUGAUGUGGGGACAGGGGUCUUGGCCCAGCUGAAGGAAGUGGGGGUGGAGGACUGUAGGCAGUUUUGUCAUUGUUUUGAAGUCCUCCACAGACCAUGCAUAGCCCUUUGCCUGCAGCUGGUCAGACCAAGCCUCUCCCAAAUGCACUCCCUAUGGGAUGGCCACUGCUCAGGGCACAGCUAGGGCAAAGCUGGGUUGAUAGGACAUUUUAAAGACUCAUUUUACUUCUGAUAAAGGCAUGGCCUGACUGCAGCCACAGCCACCACUUGAUUCUCUUGGCUGCCUUCUUGGGGCUGUUGGAUGACACAGAAGCCCACGUAGGUUAGAAGAUGACUGUGAAGCACAAUGAUGUUCUGUGAACUGGAGAUUUUUUAUGUUCUCAAUGACUCAUGCCUUGCCCUAACCUUAGAAUUUAGGGGCAGCUAGGAAGGUUCUAGUCUAUGUAAUCUAGAAGGGUCAUUUUAAUAAAAAAUUAUUAUGAAUUAUAGUAUUUUAGAUGAUGAGCAACUUAUUUUAAAGUUACUUUAAUUCCACUUUAAUAUUUCACUGUGAUGUUAACUUGGAAGACCUGUUUGAGAUUAGUCUUUUAAAUUCAUUUUAAACUCAUUAAAUCUGCUGAGAACAGGGUUCUUACAAUUUGUAAAUCCAAAACACUGUGUGAAAGUACUUCUAGUUAUCAAUUUCUUCCUUUACAAAAGCAUAACUUAAACAUGAAAAUAAUGUUGGUUUAUAGAAAUAUUUGUUGUUCAAGGUCUGUAAUUGUAUUUCAAAAAUGAUGUAGCAUUCAAGUUGUGAAGGGAUUUGUUUUGUCAAAAACUUAAAAACUUAAUGUGUAUAACACCACUCUGAAGGGUAGGGGACUGCUUUGCAGUCACGGCAGGUGGCACUUGACUGCGGUUCACAUAAAUCACCCUGAACAGCCAUGUGGCUUUUAGCAGUUGGUUGGAAUGUAUGCCCUAGGCUACAUUAUGUUUGGUAACAGCAUCUUGAAAAGUCCCUGCUCUAUGUCAAGGAGACUACUUUCCCCGCCCCGAAGGAAUGUAUUUCUAAGGCAAAUAGGCAACUCCAUACUAUCUCAUAUUGAGUAGAGAGUGGAGAAAGUAUUUUCAGACUCAAGAAAACUUUCAAAAGUCAGGAACUAAGCUACUCGGAAAUCGGUGCCACAAGCGUGGCCAUGGUGGACGUGGGAAGCGACGGGAAAUUCUUGACAGUCUAUGUCCAUUCAGUCACUGCACUUUUCUCUUUCCAAAUGCACCCUGUUGGACAUGGAAUAGAUCAUAGAUGUCUAGACUGAGAUCUGGGACUGUGUUGGGACCGCACAGGUGAACGUGCCACGUCCACAAAUGGCGUCUCCGAGUGAGUCACGUCACCUGGGGUGUGGAGGUGGUGCCUGCCGCUGGAGUAAGGCUCGUUGUGUGAUGCCUGUGUACUUUGCUCUUCUUGCGGGGUUUGCUGAUUGGAGAGCAUUGGAUCCUUCUCGACUGUGGCUAGUUUUUUGUCCAGUCACUGGGAAGGGGUGUGGUGGGGUAAACGUCGGAACCUUCUGCAAUCUGUGUCAUGGACUGUAAUGUUGUAAGGUCUGUAUUCUGUAUGUGGAUCUCAGACCCCAAUCAGGAAACGAGCCUCAUGUGUGUCCUAACAUUUAUAUUUCCAUUCAAAAUAUGUAUUUCAGUGUUUAUUUCUUCAAAACAGACUUUGUUAAUUUAGUAAAUAUCUCCAAGUGGAAACGUGCUAACUUUUUCUGUAAAUCUUAAAUAAAAGGUGCUGUUCCUUCCUCUGA